CACGGCUUAGUUGUUUACCAAAUUCGAAGCUUUACGGUUGAUCCGCGGAUGAAAGGGCGCCAUAAAACAAAGAGAACUUGGAGAGACGACUCGCGAAACGUUUUACAGUUAUUAUAUCCAGCCAAUUGGCGUAGUUCGCUGCGCCGACUGUGUCGUUAACUACGCUGUUUGUUUUUGUUUUUUGCAAGUGCUUUUGAGUGCCGAAGUAAACAAGUCCGUGCGUAAGCCAGCCAGUUCAAUCGCCCGCUUGCGUGAAGGACCCAGUUUUAGCCAUGGCCCAAACAGAGGCCAAAACCACGUGCACGCGGCGUCGCCGCCAGUUUUUGCCCGAUGGCCAAAAUAGGCAGCAGCAGCAGCAGAAGCGACAACAACAACAUUGUUAGCGGUUUCCUCUCGAAAAUAUAUCGUGUGCUACAUAAUGCCGUUAGAUAUUUAUAACGGCGCAGAUCGCAUACCGUUAAUCGUGGAUUGUGGCACUAACUGAACUGGUAGAGCGAUUGUUGUGAUUAUCCUUGUUGUGAUCCCGCCUAUCAAAAGUGGGGAUAAGCAUUGGCAACAGUUGGAAAUUCGUAAGCAUUUUAGAGGCCAGCAUCAGAUUAUAUCAUCACUGUUUUCGGAGGACUCAUUACAGUUGAAUUCAGCAUCCGGCGCGACAGGCUGUCUCAUUUCCACAUCCCAAAAAAAAAAACAACAAGCGACAGGCUCGUAAAAGGGCGCUGUACAGCAAUAAGAACAUUUUAUGACGGUCACAUAAUAAGAUCGAAAAGGCCCCGCCCACUGUCGCACAAACCGGGGGCGCAGAGGAGGAUGCAAAUUACGUGGCACAUGAAGCGUCAAAGCGUUUGAUUUGAUUGUCAGCGGCAGAAGUGAAGUGAAGUGAAGUGAAGGGAAGCGAAUCGUUUACCGACCAAGUUUACACCUCCAACGGACCGACUGGCACCGAUUGAUUGAUUGAUUGACAGAUUGGCCAGGGCUCGGAGGUUAGAGGUCAGCGGCAGAGGCAGCGGCAACAGCACAAUGAACAAGAAGUCGCCACUGCCGUUGGCGGCAUUUCUCGGCGGCGACGGCAGCGGCGGCAGCGGAAACUGUGCCGCCAGCGGCAGCAGCAACGUUGCAGCAACUGCAGCGUCGGCGGCUGCGAACGGUUCCGGCGGACGUGGCGGUCGCCAGUCGUCGACGGGCGGCUCGUCGAGCGGCGGCGGGGGAUCCAAGUCGGAGAAGCAGGCGGCACGGGAGGCGGGCGGCGGCGGCGGAGGCAGUCUAUGCGGUUGCCAAAAGGCGCCCAAGUCGCACUGCAUAUCGGCAACAGGCGUGCUUUUGUUGGUGCUGCUCUACACUGCGAUGGGUUCCAUUGUGUUCGUGACGCUCGAGGGCGAAUUGGAGGACGGUGGCGCCCUGGAAACCGCUGUGGCCGCUUCCAAGCCAUAUCCCCGCACCGAAUUGGCCAACGCCGAGAUACGAUCCAGAACUGUGGAUCGUUUGUGGUCGAUAACGGAGGACCUGAACAUAUUGUACAAGGAGAACUGGACGCGACUCGCCGCGCAGGAGGUGCAGCUGUUUCAGGACACUUUGCUGCGGGCGGUGCGACAGUCGAAGGUUUAUCCCCCCGGCGGAAUCCAGUUGAAUGCGCCCACACACAAAUGGACCUACGCCUCGGCCUUUCUCUACUCCCUGACAUUAAUUACGACGAUAGGCUAUGGCGGCAUCUCACCGCGGACGCAGUGGGGCCGAGUGGCGGCAUUGGUGUACGCCCUGUUCGGGAUUCCCAUCGUGCUGCUCUACCUAUCCGCCAUGGGCGAAGCGCUCUCGGCGGGAAUGCGCUGCCUGUUCCGGCGCCAGCGUGUGAAGGGCGGACCUGGUGGCGGCCCCGGUGGCGGCGCCUCCGGUGGAGUGGGCUCGGGCGCAGGAGGAAGUGGUGGCGGCCGAAAGACGGACAAGAACAAGGGCCAGGGGCACUACGGCCACCAGAAGCUGCAUCAGUACGGCCUGCCGCCGUCGGUGUACCAGCAGCAGCAGGCGCAGCAAGCGCAACAGGCGCAGCAACAGCAGGCGCAACAAGCGCAGCAGGCGCAGCAACAGCAGGUGCAGCCGGGCAAGAAAUCCUCGGGCAAUCGCCGUGGCUCACCCAGUGUUCCCAUCUCCAUCUGCGUGUGUGUGCUGCUCUGCUAUGUGAGCAGUGGUGCGAUUCUGUUUCACAAACUGCAGAACUGGAGUGUCCUGGAGUCGCUAUACUUCUGCUUCACCUCGCUGGGAACCAUUGGAUUCGGUGAGAUGGCGCCCAAUGGUGCAGUGGCUCUCUACACGGCCUCCGCCUACAUUCUGGUCGGCAUGGCCGUGGUGGCCAUGUGCUUCAGCCUCAUCCAGACGGAGAUCGUGCUGUGGCUGCGCCGGUUCAGCGUCCAGGAUCACGUGAUGCCCAAGGCCGAGGAACUGGCUCUAGUCACCGUGGCGGUCACGCCGAAACCCUCCUGACAGCGACCCAGUGCGGAUCCCAGUCUGGGCGUCGGAUUGGGAGUGGGUCUGGCCGGCGGCGCCUUGGGGCAGCCGCAGAACAAUCUCGGCCAGCACCAGACCAUGUUCUUUGGACCCGCCCACACGCUGACGCAGUACAGUUCGCUGCCGCGCAGGAGUCACCUGCAGGCGGCCAACAAUUCCGGCGGAGGAUCGGCCUUCCAGCGGAACACGCCCAUCCGCAGAUCGACGGGCAUACCGGAGCACCAUCUGGAGUACUUUGUGCCGCGCAGCAUCAGUGAGUUCAAUCUGUCGGGAGUGGGCGAUCUCGCCCUGCCGCCACCACGUCGAUACUCGCCCAAUAUGGUGGGUGGUGGUGGUGGAAUGGGCGGCGGAAUGGGCAUGAAUAUGGGUGGCAUGGGCAUGAACAUGGGCAUGGGCAUGGGCCUGCCACAUGGCCUCCAGUUGGGUCCACCCCAGACGCUGCUCUGCUCGGCCACGCCCACUGUGCAGCAGCAACAGCAACCGCCUCCGCCGCCGGCACAACUGCAGAUUGUCACCCUAAAGCCACGCAGCGAGAAGAUGGUGACCUUCGAGGAUGAGUCAAAGCAGGCGGUGGGCGGUGGAGCAGUUGGCGGAGGAGCCGGUGGCUCCGGCACGCCACCGCAUUGUCCACACGGAGUGCCGACGACUCCGCGAAAAUCGCCAGCCGUGGGCGAUAUAUUCAUGUGACCAGGAGCGCAGGACGAGGCGGCCCAGUUGGAUGCAGCAAUGCGAUUGCGCGACAGCAUCGAUGAUGCACUGUGUCCAAAAGCUGGACCGGCGCCAGGUGAAGUGAUACGUGUCUAGAAAAUCAAAGGAACAUCAACACUCACUCACACAUGCACACACUCACCAACACACUGUUUUAACGAUCACAAUCAUCUUCGCAUUUGGAAUGCCCUGCCCACAUUUGAUACGCUCAGAUACAUCUGCCAGAUUCGGAAUUGUGCCCAGUGUAUCCACACACUCAUAUGCUCAUAUGGCCAACUGGGCGAGAAGGGGAAGCGGGUGCCCCUGUCACACUUGGCCAUCCCAAGCGGCAACCUGGCCAACUCCCGAGGCCUGACACCAAUACUAAUGCGUGCGAUUAACAUUCGGAAUGGUCUGCUUCCAGACGGAGAUUUGAUGGUGGUGGUGGUGGUGGUGCAGCGAGGACGAAGGACGCAGGACUUCUGGCAAUCGGCAGGCAAUUGGCAUGGACGCGACUCUGGGCUUUGGGCCACAUACGAUGGGCAUUACCCGUCGUGGGGCUGCGGACACGGUCAGAUGGCUGCGGUACAUGUGUACAUGUGUAUCUGUGUAUCCACACCCGCACUCGCACACACAGCUUCGCCUACACAUGUUCCACAUAUCCCACAUAUUCCACACCCAGUUACGCAUACACAUGUAGAAUCUAAGCCAACACGUACGCCCACGCAUACACACGGCUGCAUAUGUUUGUUAUAAGUCCCCCUGCAAAUAUGCGAUAAACUACUUGCCACCUGGGGGGUUUCCCGGGCUCGGGCUUUGUGCGGCGCUGACGGUGGGUGGGUGAUUCCAGGACCUCGGAAUGGUGUCGGCUACACGAAAAAUGGCGGCAUGUCCUGUCUUGUUGCCGCAACGUGUGUCUUUCGAUCGGAUGGCAAGAGUGUCCGGAAAUGGCCAGGGAUGGCAAACAACGCGACGCUGAUUCAAUUGCACUGUAUCCUGUUUCAAUCGAGUGAAUUUAUUAGAUUUUUCAGAUUGCGAAAUGAGUUCGAAAGAAUGCUCUAUUGCUAACUUGAUAUUAAGAGCCUUAACCAAUCGUUGAACUAUUGUAUAACUAAUUGUAUAACUUCUGUACGCCUAAAACUACAAACUAUAUCCCUUUGUAAAAUAAUAGUAAAGCUCUUUACUUUAAUUUCAAUCACAAUAUACGAAUAAAAAUGUAA